CACUAGCAGACACCCAUGAUUGAUGAGCUGAUGAAGCGACUGGCGAAUGACCGAAUAAAAUGUCUGUUACUCGAUUGUGGCAAGGAAUUUAUUACAGGUUGCCUAGCAACCAAACACUCCUCAGUUUGACAAAGUCUUGGAGACAGACGCAACGAUGCAUCAUCAACUUCAGCAAAACAGAAGGAGAGAUUCUUACAGUUAAGCAGAUGAGAAAAAGGAUGGUGGAAUUUACUGGUGCUCAAAAGCAAUGGAGUUUGGAUGGGAAGAAGCCGGAUCGGUCAGCAUUAUCUAGCCUUUUGGCUCAGGACCAGUCCCAGCUGGAGCCGCGCAGGAUUUCUGAUAGCUAUGACGAGAUCAACAUCCCACUCUCUGAUCCCACCCAAAGAGACAAGUACAUCAACAUGUACAACAGCAUCCGUAUUGGAAGGAUACUGGAAGAUAUAGAUAUGUUUGGUGUAUGGUUAUGCUACAAACACAGCAGGCUAUCCAAAGACAUUGAGAUUUCACCCCUGGUCAUCGUGACUGGACUUGUAGAUAGGAUAGACAUGAGUACGAUAGACAUCAUACCAGACAAGGAUCUACGACUCAGUGGUCAUGUGACUUGGGUCGGCAAAACAUCAAUAGAGGUCACAAUCAACCUUGAACAGAUGAUCAACAACUCAUAUUCAAAGAUUUUAGAGGCAAAGAUAGUCAACGUUGCUCGAGAUCCCCUCAAUAAAAGGCCAUCAUUCAUCAACCCGUUAGUUGCCGAGACAGAAGAAGAAUCUAAAGAACUGAUCGCAGGAAAUGCAAGGAAGAUCGCCAGGCAGGAAAGGACAAAAGCCUCUCUGUUGAAGACCGCCCCCACAUCAGAGGAACGAGAGAUUAUACAUAAGAUGUUUGUGGAGUCACUGCCAGUAGGGGCAUCUUCAUUCUCUCAUCGUAUCAAGCCAGACAAUGCUACAUGGAUGGACGAAACAAAACUCAAGAAUGUCAUUAUAUGCUUUCCUCAAGAAAGGAAUUUGUACAACAAGAUUUUUGGAGGAUUUCUGAUGCGUCAAGCCCUGGAGCUAGCCUUUGCCAAUGCAACUCUACACUGUCAUGGAAGGAUCCGGAUAGCAGCCAUUGACAACAUUCUCUUCAGGAAACCAGUAGAGGUCGGAUCAUUCUUAUUCUUUCUAUCUGAGAUCGCAUAUACUGAGGGAUGUUACAUGGAGAUCAGAGUUCAUGCAGAGGUCGUUGACCCACGAACUGGAGAUCGUGACACAACCAAUGUAUUCCAUUUUACCAUCGUAACAGAGAAACCGGUACCAUUGGUCUGGCCCAAGACGUAUGGAGAAUCCAUGCUGUACCUCGAUGGCCGGAGACGAUUCCUUGAGUACAAGAACAUCAACCAAGUGACGGAUACGACAACUGUCCCGCUCACCUUUUAACUAGUUUAUCGUGCCAACCCUUUUCUGGAAGAAAUUGGUCUGAGUAUGCAGCCCAAACUCCUUGACUGGAACUUGUGCGCAGAACGUCCCUCUCAGCAAGUUUUGUAUCUGUGCUAGUCUUGUGUGAACACCCUCUUAUUGAUCAAAUUUAACAACUCAUCAGAGACACAUCCUUAUUGUUUUGUGUUCACAUUAUAUCGAAGCAUGUGUUCACAUUAUAUCGAGGAUAUACUACUACUACUAUCCUCAUUCGUGCCCUGUGGCACAUCACGCCUCCACGCUUUCUUUCCAAUUUUGGCGGUCUCUAGCACAACCCCUGGCCUCAUCCCAACUCUUCCAUCCGUAGGUAUUUCUCUCCUUCUCUGCAGUUCUCCAUGUUGUUUUUGGUCUACCCCUUUUACGUUUUCCUCCUGGAUUCCAUGUUAGAGCAGUGUAACAAUGAUGGUCAUAAUACUGAAGAUAUGCCCCCACAUUUCCCUGGGUCUUUCUAUUUGUUAGAAGGGCUCCCACUUGGAACUUACUGAUUUUUAUUGG